AUGGCAAAUGCAAGUGAUGAGUUUAGACUAGUAUCACCAAACAUAAAUCAUGAAAGAAAAUUACCUAGAAAAUACACACUUGAAGGUCAAGGUGCACAAAGAAAUAUGUCACCACCAUUAGAAUGGUACAAUUUACCACAAGACACUAAAAGUUUGUCACUAGUAGUGCAAGAUAUUGAUGCACCUAUUGUACCAUGGGUUAUUUGGGUUGUGACUAAUAUUCCACCAAGUUUAAAGGGUUUGCCGGAAGGAUUUUCUGGUAAAGGUGAAGAAUUAGGUGGAGAUUAUGGUCAUGUUAAAGAAGGAAUUAAUGAUGAGAAAGUCCCAGGAUGGCGUGGACCUAAGUUGCCAAAUCAUGGUCAUAGAUUUGAGUUUAAGCUUUUUGCUUUGGAUGAUGAGCUCAAACUUGGAAACAAGGUGACAAAGGAUAAACUACUAGAAGCUGUGGAGGGUCAUGUUCUUGGAGAGGCUGUUUUGACUGCAAUAUUUUAAAUCUAUGAUUUUCCAAAUAUUUUCAUGCAACUUUAUGACAAGAAAAGUUGAAGUAGCUAGUGUAAUAAACAAUUACAACAAGUGACAUAUAUACAUGAGAUCACCAUCGUAGUUUAAUUUGUUCAACUUCU